AUGGAAGAAAAGUUAAAUGAAAUGGAACAAGCUGGUAUCAUCACAAGGACAUCAACGCCUUACAGUAGUCCAUUGACAUUCACUCUUAAAAAAGACGGCUCAAUUAGAGUUCUGCUUGAUGCCAGAAGCAUAAAUAAGAAAAUGGUUGCAGAAACAGAGAAACCACCUAUACAAUUAGAUGUUUUGAAUUCAUUUCACGGAGCGAAUUAUAUCACUACCAUUGACUUAAAUAAUGCAUAUUUUCAAAUUCCGAUAAAUAAAGAUGGUAGAAAAUAUACUGGAUUCACAUUCAAUGGAAAGUCAUAUGUAUAUAAUGUUUUGCCGCAAGGAUUAAAAACAUCAGUAGGAAGCUUUAGCAGAGCCAUGAAUUUAAUAUUAGGACCAGAAGUCCAAGAAUUUUGUGUGAACUAUUUAGAUGAUCUAGCCAUUAUUACAACAGGAACGUUAGAUAAACAUUUGGAGCACAUUGAUAUUGUUUUAAGUAAAUUGAACAAAGCUGGCUUAACGUGUAACUUGCAGAAAUGUGAAUUUAUUUGUAAAGAAAUUAAAAUGCUGGGUUUUAUAAUUUCAACAGAAGGCAUAAAGACAGACCCCGAUAAGAUUCGAGCGAUCCAAGAGUUUCCAGCACCUAAAAAGAUUAAACAAUUAAGGGCCUUUUUAGGUCUAUGCAAUUUUUAUAGAAGGUUUAUACCAAAUUACAGCGAGAGCAUAAUACCGCUCUGUGAAUUACUUAAAAAGGGACGAAAGUUCCAAUGGAGCGGUAAAGAACAGAAGGCAUUUGAUUUUAUAAAACAACAAUUUAUUAAUACAAUACAAUUGCAUCAUCCAGACUUUAAUAAGCCGCAUUAUUUACAAACAGAUUGUUCCGGUGUGGGUAUGGCCGGAGUACUAUAUCAGAUAGAUGAUAAUAAUGAAAUGAGAAUUUUAGGCUAUCAUAGUAAAGCCUUAAAGGCCCCGAAUUAA